AUGCAUUUCCAGCAACUUAUCGUCACCGUCCUUCCCUUGCUUGCCUCCAACGCAGCCGCGGCAGCUGUCCAACCCGGAGACCGCAAUCUCUACCCCAUUGAGCACGAUACGAGCUUGACCUCUCGCCAGCGUGACUUCCUUGACGAGACUGUGGCCACGAUCAAGGCCGUUGACGUGAACCGGGCCAACCAUCUGCAGGAGACGUGCCCAGGCGUCUUUAAUGCCGGGGAGUGCUUGUACAUCCUGACCGGCCAGCAAAAAUCAUCCGGGAAAGAGGCCCGCGCGGACAAGCCUGAGUGCGGAUGUAGUACUGAGAGCGACUGGUGCCCCGACCGAAUCGGACCAAUCUGGUACUGCAAGAUGGGCGGCUGCAAGAGCCCUGGCGUGUGGUGCGGAACGCUUGGGAUGUGGUAUUGCAAUGGUACUUGCAAGCCGAAGUUGUAG